UCAACGAAGGAACGACGACUGGGUGAGAAAAUGGCGAAUAUCGUAUCUAACCAUAUCCUCAAAGUGCUUUGUAAUAACCAGUGCUGUUUGGAGUUCCAGCACUUGGACGGUGUUUUACGGCAGAGUUUCACGGUGGAUGAGCGACUCCUGCGGCGCGCGGUGCUGGACAGCGCGCGCUACCGUGUUGUUGAUGAGGACUCGGCCGAGCGCGCGCUCAGUCCGGGCGCUUUAAUCAUUGCGGUAACAUCGCUGAGAAUAUGUAAAGACCCGGCGAAAUGCGCGCGCUGCGAGGACCUGCACUUGUGCCGCUAUCUAGUGUGCGGGAAGUGCAGAUUCGGGAAUAAAUGCAAAAACUGUCAUGAUUUGAAAUCUGCACACAAUUCUACUCUCCUGAAAAACAAGAAUCUUCAGUUCCUGGAAGAAGCGCAGUUGUUUCAACUUCUGCUACUGAAUGAUCCAUCUCUUGUUCCAGAGAUUUGUUCCCACUAUAAUAAGGGGAAUGGAGAACAUGGAAGCUGUAAAUAUCAGACUUCCUGCACCAACCUGCACGUCUGCCAGCACUUCCUACAGGAUGACUGUAAAUUUGGAGCUGCCUGCAAGCGAGCUCAUAAUUUUGAUGCAACCGCCAUGAAAAUCCUGAAUGGCAGAGGGUUCAGUCCAGAAAAUAUUCGCACCCUUCAGAAAAUAUACAAAAACAAGUUACUUCUCAACAGUCAAACUGACAAAUCUAUCUCCAAAGGAGCAGAGAAAGCUUUGGCAAUCUUUGACAAACAAGUGAAAAGGCAGCACUCCAGCAGCUCAGUGAGUGAGGCAGACCGCAACGAAAUCUGUCUCUACUUCGUGCGCAAGGGAUGCAGUUUCAAAGAGAAAUGUGUCCGUGUUCAUCAUGGUCUACCUUAUAAAUGGGAGAUUCUGGAUAAAGAUGGCGUGACAUGGAAGCACUUUCCCAAUGAAGAGGAUGUUGAGAGUGCCUACUGUAAUCCAGAUAAUAACACAAGCUUUGGGCCUCUGCCUGUGGACUUCACUUUAAUGAUGUGUGGAGAGAGACCAGUUCGCCGUCUAUCCACAGCGUCCUCUGUUACCAAACCUCCUCACUUCAUCCUGACCACUGAGUGGCUUUGGUACUGGAAGGAUGAUCAAGGGCAGUGGAUUGAAUACGGCCAGGGGGAAGAUGAAAAACUUUUGAAGUCAAUCUCCUCAAAAGCCUUAGAGAAUGUGUACCUCUCGGAAAUUGAAACUGAAAUUCCAUUCAACCUGGGUGGAAAUAAUUAUGUGCUCAACAUAAAAGAUAUGUAUCAACAAAACUUGAGGUACAAAACAAAACGAGAGGUUCGGCGGAGGCCACGAUUUGUUUCAGUUCAAGAUGUCAAGGGAAAAUCAAAAAGUGAUGCUUCAGAAACCACCGGCUCCAACUCUGUGGAAGUUCCUGGUCACUGGGAUAAAGCAGCUCUGCCUAGCUUCUCCUACACGAUUGUUCCUCUCUCAAGUUCUGCACCUGAUUAUAAAAGCGUAACCUUACUGUUCAAAAGGACGAUGUCCUCAAGCACCAUCCACAGCAUCAAGAGAGUGCAAAAUCCUUCGCUCUGGAGAGUUUUUAAGUGGCAGAGAGAACAGAUGAAGGAGAAGAAUGGCGGGGGAGAUAUAGACGAGCGUUACCUCUUCCAUGGCACAGAUAAGUCUCUAAUAGACGCCAUCUGUGAGCAGAAUUUUGACUGGAGGGUUUGCGGUAUCCAUGGAUCACUUUAUGGCAAAGGAAGUUACUUUGCCAGAGAUGCUAAGUACUCAGAUACAUACGCUAAAUCCCGGGGUGGCCCGAAGACGAUGUUUGUUGCACUUAUCCUUGUUGGAGAAUUUACAAAAGGAUCCAGCAGUUUUCUCCGUCCUCCACAGAAGCCACAGAAGGCAGGGUUUUAUGAUAGCUGUGUGGACAAUCCAAGCAACCCGGCUAUUUUUGUCAUCUUUGAGAAGUAUCAGAUCUAUCCUGAGUACAUCAUUGAAUACUCUUAAGAUCCAGAUAUGUGCGUGGACUGUGAUGAAUGUGGUUUAUAAUUCACCUAGUAAGAACUUUGUUUUAGUUUUGCUGCUGUGAACUUUUAUGCCCAGAAAGCUUAAUGGUAGCUUAAUUUUGCACUUUUUCUCUUCUUGUUUGUCUGAUGGGGUCAUUUACUGCUACAGUGCAGUUAUUUAAAGUGGUUAUAAAUCAAAAUGUGGUCUUAAAUAUUUCUUAAUCCUACGGUUUGUUUAAUCAAGUGUCUAUUGAUGCGUCUCCCUACUGAUACAUUUUCAACACCUUUCAUAUAAGCCUUUUAUACUUCAAUGAGCAAAUCUCUUUCCAUAGGUUUUUCUGCUUACAUACAAUAUGUCAGGCUACCAGUCCGAGCUAAAUUGCUGAAAGCAUUUAAAUGAGUCAUAAUAACACCAUUGGCUGAUUAGAUAAUUGCAUGAAUGUGUAGGUGUACAUGUGUUCCUAAUAAAGUGUUCAGUGAGUUUAUGCAAAUGGUGUUUUUUGAUGUGUGAGACUGUGCUGCAAAUUGUUGAUUCAUCUGGGCGUGGAUGAAUGCUGGUUAUACGGCACCGUCAAGAUGAUGGAUGCCUAGACCAGUUUCAGUUUCAUCUUUGAGCAAAUGAAACUCACCUAAGAAGAUCUGUAGCUGUACAUUUCCCUGCACACCUGUUCGUGCUGAAGUACGCUGAAAACAUGUUUUCUUUUACUCCAGGUCAAAUAACUCGUCUUCUCUUGGAAAAACAAGGAUCCUUGGAGUUCAGGGAACUCAUUCAGCGCAUUGGAAAAGGGCAUGUCGUGUCUGACCGGGGUCUUUUAGGAAUAAUCUCUUCAAACACUCAAUUUGUCCUUGCAGAAGAUGGCAAGAAGGGGGGAAGCGGUUCUGUCUGUUCUCCCGAAACCUUGGUUAUUGCAAAAACACACCUUCGUGUGUGUCCAGAUGUUCCUGAUAAAUGUAAAAACUGUGAGCAUCUGCAAAUUUGCAAAUAUUUUGUUUGUGGAACAUGUAAGUUUGGGUAAGUACUGUUUUCCAUAAUGGAUCAUUUUAUAUAGUUCAAUAAAUAAAAUGUUAAACUUAGUCAACAUGAGUAUCAGUAUCAUGAAUGGAGUAAAUUCAGCUUUGGCUAAAUAUAAUUUUCAUUACUGUUUAUUGGUAUUUUACAGAAUCUACAUAUAGUCAGUGAAUUUUAAAUUUUGUUUGAUUAUCUUUGGACUACUUUUUUAAACCAGACAUAACAUUAGAUGGACAUCACUUCUCAGCUAGGUCUUAGCAAUUUAAGAUUUACAGAUCAAGGCAAAAACGAAGGUAGUGUCACUCACUCCAUAGUUUUGCAUAAUUUACAAGCGACACUGACAGAUUCUGAAGUAGAAGCGCAACGAUUUACGGCUCCAAAAGGUGUAGAGAGAGUUGUGCAUAGUUG